CCCGAACGGAGCAUAUGCGGAAGUCGGGCUUUACGAGCCGGCCCGCGCAGGCGCAUAAGCCCGUGGGAACUUGGAUUUUGAGUCGGUUUCAGGUCUUCAGUCAUCUCUUCGGACCCUUUUCAGCCGUGGGUGAUCCGCCCCCCGGGGGCGGGUGGCAGACAACAUGGAAGAAGCUAAUGGUGGUGAACAGAGCCCAGGUGAGGCAUCUUCUCCAGCCCAGGCGGGGCCUGAAAAUAUCCCCGAGCCAGUGUCUGGGGAGGAGGGCCAGCUGCUGUAUCACGAGGAGACCAUCGACCUUGGUGGAGAUGAGUUUGGAUCCGAAGAGAAGGAGCCGUCCUCCGAAGACUCCCGCAGCUUCGCAGAUAAGCUCAAUGAGCACAUGAUGGAGAGCGUGCUCAUCUCCGACUCUCCCAACAACAGCGAGGGUGACGUGGGUGACCUCCUCGGCUGUCUGCAGGACGUGGCGGCGGAGCCCCCAGGAGGUGCCACCGAUUGCGGGCUGCCCGCUGCCGCAGACAGAGAAGUGGCGGACACCCUGAGUAAUGAAAGUGAGACCGAUGGAGACGAUACGCCCAGAGACGUUUCAGACAUGACACCUGAUAGCAGAGCAUCUCUGAAAGACGACUCAACGCAGGAAGAUGUGACGGGCAUGCCCGCGCUGGAGAAUGUGGGCGCGGGGGACGUGGGGCCCAGGGAUGGCCAAGCCCACCCAGAAGAACGGACCUCAGAAGUGUCCUCCAGCCAGUCCUCCUCCAAAGACGAGCCCGUCCCUGUCUGCACCAUCUUCAGCCAGGCCGCCGCGACUCCCGCUCAGCCGCACCUGUUUCUGCAGGAUGGCUUCGAGUCCCAGAUGGUGAAAUCUCCGAGUUUCAGUAGCACCAGUGAGACAUCAGCCAAGACCCCUCCUCCCAUGGUCCAGCCCAGUCCCAGCCUGAGUACAUUUUUUGGAGACACAAUGAGCUCCAAUUCCUUGGCCUCUGACUUCUUUGACUCCUUCACGACUUCCCCUUUCAUUUCAGUCAGUAACCCCAAUGCAGGUUCCCCAGUUCCAGAAAAGCUGUCUUCACUCACUGGCCCUGUGGGAGAAAAGUCGCCAGGUUCCACCAGCCCAUCAUACUCUACAAGGAUGGAGAGAUCGGAAUCGGGUGUCUCCCUGGCACCUCCAGAUGUCCCUGAGUCUCCAAAGCCAUUCUCACAGAUCCAGGCUGUGUUUGCCGGGAGUGACGACCCCUUCGCCACGGCCCUGAGCAUGAGCGAGAUGGACCGGAGGAAUGAUGCGUGGCUUCCCAGCCAGGAGACCAGAGAGGUCCUGAUGAAGGUAGCCACCCAGCAGUAUGGCACUGUGUUCAUAGACAAGGAGAACCUCACCAUGCCUGGCCUCAAGUUUGACAACAUUCAGGGAGAUGCAGUUAAGGACCUGAUGCUUCGCUUCCUGGGUGAGAAGGCUGCAGCGAGGAGACAAGUCUUGACCGCCAGCUCGGUGGAGCAGUCUUUCGUGGGUCUGAAGCAGCUCAUUAGCUGCAGAAACUGGAGGGCAGCGGUCGACCUGUGUGGACGCCUGCUCACAGCCCACGGACAAGGCUACGGCAAGAACGGGCUGCCCACCAGCCACACCACAGACUCCUUGCAGCUCUGGUUUGUGAGGCUGGCACUGCUGGUGAAGCUGGGUCUUUUCCAGAAUGCUGAGAUGGAGUUUGAACCCUUCGGAAAUCUGGACCAGCCAGACCUGUAUUAUGAGUACUACCCGCACGUGUACCCAGGACGCAGAGGCUCCAUGGUCCCAUUUUCGAUGCGCAUUCUGCACGCUGAACUGCAGCAGUAUCUGGGGAACCCACAGGAGUCCCUGGACCGACUACACAGGGUCAAGACCGUCUGCAGCAAGAUCCUGGCCAACUUGGAGCAAGGCUUAGCUGAAGAUGGCGGCCUGAGCAGCGUCACCCAGGAGAGCAGGCAAGCCUCUGUUCAGCUGUGGAGGUCGCGUCUGGGCCGUGUGCUGUAUUCCAUGGCAAACUGCCUGCUCCUGAUGAAGGACUAUGUGCUCGCCGUAGACGCUUACCGUGCAGUUACCAAGUACUACCCGGAGCAGGAGCCACAGCUGCUGAGUGGCAUUGGCCGCAUCCUCCUCCAGAUUGGAGACAUAAAAACAGCUGAAAGAUAUUUUCAAGAUGUCGAGAAAGUAGCACCGAAGUUGGAUGGACUGCAGGGUAAAAUCAUGGUUUUAAUGAACAGAGCCUUUCUGUACCUGGGCCAGAAUAACUUUUCAGAAGCUCACAAGUUCUUCACAGAGAUCUUGAGGAUGGACCCCACAAAUGCAGUGGCCAACAACAAUGCUGCCGUGUGUCUGCUUUACCUGGGCAAGCUCAAGGACUCCCUGCGGCAGCUGGAGGCCAUGGUGCAGCAGGACCCCAAGCACUACCUGCACGAGAGUGUGCUCUUCAACCUGACCACCAUGUAUGAGCUGGAAUCCUCCAGGAGCAUGCAGAAGAAGCAGAGCCUGCUCGAAGCUGUCGCCAGCAAAGAAGGGGACAGCUUCAACACACAGUGCCUCAAGCUGGCCUAGUUCCCACCAGGUCUCUGUACCCUGCAGACACCUGAGCAGCUCAGUAAACACAUCUGACAGUGUGUGGGAGCAUGCCUUGAGCUGGGGCUGCUCUCGGACCACUGCCCUGCCCACUGUGCAGUCGCCACGGCACUGCCUGUUGGUGAAACGCAAGACACUCUGGGUCCCUUUGGUUUGUUCCUGGAAGUUGACCUGCUCACUUUGAACACUCACAGAGAACCAGCAGGUGUAUAAUAUUGCCUCAUCUCACUGCAGGCCUAAACGAUUACAGUUCAUUGUCUUCUUUGCACUACAUCCCAAACCAGAGCAUCACUUGGAUCAUUCAGCUCACCUCUGGCCUGACAGGCCACCCUGGAUGGCCUGGGGAUGGAUUGAAAGCCAUCAGCACACCCAGAACACAGCUGGGACAGGAAGCAUCUCAGGCCAGGUAUAGCAUCCAUGCAUUCCUGUGUGCCUAGAAGUCGGGAUAUGUGCUUAAUGCUUGUGUGCUUUUCCACUUUGAGAAAUGUAAAGAACCUGACAACAGCUUUGGGUACGCAGCUUUCCCAAUUCGUUUAAGGCAGGAUACACAACCUUGGGAUUCGGUAGAACAGCUUGUGCCUCGUGUGCUGAGGGCCUGGGUUCCACCCCAGCUCCAUCAACAAAUGUCUGUGGCACAAAGCAACGCCACAUGUCUGUUCACUGUUGUAAUAAAAUGAAGAGAUAAA